AUGUCUUCUCCUCCACCUAGCAGGCAACAGACUCCCCUCACCCUUGGUGUCUUCCCUCUGCCCUCAUGGCAUUUCCAAAGCGCAAACGAGGUGAAGAAGCUCUUUGACCUACAUGUCCAAGAGGAAGCCGGUUCCAGGAACUCGCGUCAACCCAUGGCCACACACUGGACCCUCAAGUAUCGCGAGGGCACUAAACACGCCUGGAGGGAACCGCCGAUGCUUCCCAUGCUUCCCAUUAUUCCCAGUGCUCGUUACCAGCAUAAGCAGGUCACUAAAGCGGAUCUCUGUACGAUCCCGCUUCACAAGCCUGGGGAGGCUGAUAAAGCGGCCCACUACAAGAAUUUUACGAAGGAGUAUAACGAUGCGACUAGGGGAUGGAAGAGCGAUAAGAAGGAUGAAAAGCUCGCCAAAACCGUUUUCUAUGACUGGGAACGUAAAUAUCGUCGGAACUGGCUCUAUGAUGAUGACUUCGCCACCAUCCCUGGCCUGCUAGACUGGGAGAUGAGGUGCGCGCUGGAGGGGAAUUGGCGUGGGCUUGAUCAUAUGCUUGUUGAGCAGCAGCUGAAGGAGCCAGAGCUAAUGAAGCCACAUCCGGAGUAUAAGCUCGAGUGGAAGUUGGCUGUGUGUGUGCAUAGGGAGAAGCAGAAGCAAGAUGAGCAUAAGAAGAAGGCCAAGUUUGUGGAAAAGGUGGAUGAGGAGGAGUGCUCGAGAUAUGACCGAAUGCACAAGUGGAACGACUCGCAGCUAGCCGAGUUCACAGAUUUGAUGGAUGAGCAGGAAGAGGAGGAUGAGCAGCGGGCGCUGGCUGAAAAGGAAUUCGAGGUGGCCACACUACUCAUGUCCAUGGGGAGUGCGAGUCCUAAGGCGGUUGUCUCUUCCCCGAAGCUUUCUCCCCCGAACAAGCGCAAGCGGGCCGAGAAGGCGAAAGUCACGCCCUCCUCGCGCCAGAGCAACAGUGAUGGUCUUCGUCGCUCGAGCCGGACAAAGAAGCUUCCCCCCGACUCGCUUAGCCAGACCCCUGCUCCCCGCUCCCUAAUCGGGCCCAGCGAGGUCAACGACAACGACGCGCCUACUACAAACAGUAGACCUCGCCUUGUCCUGCGACUCCCUUCAGCUUGCUCAUGA